AUGAAUCAACUGCCCUCAGAGUUUGGGAAUAAGGAGCAUGAUUUUGAGAGAGAUGACUCGGUGUAUGAGAGAUGGCUGAGGAAUGAUGACUUGGAGGGCAAUCACUGUGAUGGUGAUGGUGAUGGUGACAGUGACAGUGAUAGCGAUGAUGACGAUGAUGAUGAACUUCCUAUAACUCAUCAAUUCAAGUUAAGCGGCACAAAGAGUAUCACAUGUCUCAAGUACCACCCUUCUGGCUCAGAAUUGUACACAGCUACAACGGACGGGUCCUUGCUCUGCUAUAACUUCAACUCAAUGUCUGCUGAAAGCACUGAACCAUCGCACAGCUUUGAGCCCUUUGAAUCUCACCACAUUCACAAGUUGGAUAUAGCUUCUCCAAGAGGGCCAUUGUUGACAUUGGCGAACACCUCAACGUUCAAAUUAAUUUCCCUAGAAGGUGAUGAACUGGCAUCAUCUGCAACUGGUGAUAGAUACCUAUACGAUGUUAAACAGACAAGAGGACAUACAGACACCAUAACAGACGGUGGGUUCAUUUCCAAUGAGAAGGUUAUAACCUCAAGUUUGGAUUCAACUUUCCGUAUAUGGGAUACGACUAAAUGCUCUCAGCAGAGUGUCACUGUCGUCAAGGCAAAUGGCAAAAAGACCAAAGUAAGCCAUUUGGAAUACUCUUCGGCUGGUCUGGCAUUUGCAGUGAAUGACAACAGGUUGACGUCAUGGGAUAUCAAUACAAAGAUGAUGAGACCAAUAGAGGAAUUUGUGGAGAAGUGCACAAUUCUCAGCAUCAAAUCCUCUGAGGAUAAGUUACUUGUUCGAACAGAGGAUUCUCUAAAGUUGUACGACGUGAAGAACUUAUCAAGACCACUAAUACAGAGAUUGACAUACCCAAGUCCAACUGACGAUUCCUUCACGGCUCCAAUGUACUUCAAUAAUGAUAAAAUUGUCAUUGCAAUGUCGAAUUCUAUAGACAUUCUGGAUAAGUCAGAUCUAAUGACAAUAUCAUGCAUAAAGGCUCAACACAAUGUUUCCUGUGCUGAAUGGGAACCAAAGACAAAUCAAAUUGCUUAUGGUCAGUACUUAGAAGGAUCAAAGGGCUAUGUAAGCAUUUUAUUCGAUCCGAAACUGUCACGGAAUGGAGUUAUGGCUACGAUUAACAACAGACCCAAAAAGAGACAUCUUGAUGAUUCAAUAUUCACUUCCAAGGUUAAAGAAAUAGGCUAUAACAUGGAUGAGCUCAAUGAAUUGAAAAAGUCAAAGAAGAAGAAGAACGACGUCGACGAAGAUCGGUCCAAAAAGAAUACCUUAGUUUGGGGAAGAACUCAGCCCGCAGAGAGAAAUAUCAAUGAAGAUCCAAGAGAGGCACUGAAGAAGUAUUCGAGGUAG